CCCGCGUCCCCGCCCAGCCCGCGCCUAUGCGGUACUUGAAGGAUGGCGAAGAGGUCGCGCAGUGAGGACGAGGAUGACGACCUUCAAUACGCUGAUCAUGAUUAUGAAGUACCUCAGCAAAAAGGACUGAAAAAACUCUGGAACAGAGUAAAGUGGACAAGAGAUGAGGAUGACAAGUUAAAGAAGUUGGUUGAACAACAUGGAACUGAUGAUUGGACUCUAAUUGCUAGUCAUCUUCAAAAUCGUUCCGAUUUUCAGUGCCAACAUCGAUGGCAGAAGGUUUUAAAUCCAGAAUUGAUAAAGGGUCCUUGGACUAAGGAAGAAGAUCAGAGGGUUAUUGAAUUAGUUCAGAAAUAUGGACCAAAAAGGUGGUCUUUAAUUGCAAAACAUUUAAAAGGAAGAAUAGGUAAGCAGUGCAGAGAAAGAUGGCACAAUCACCUGAACCCCGAAGUAAAGAAAUCUUCUUGGACGGAAGAAGAAGACAGGAUCAUAUACGAAGCACACAAGCGGCUGGGAAACCGUUGGGCAGAGAUUGCUAAAUUACUUCCUGGAAGGACUGAUAAUUCUAUCAAAAAUCAUUGGAAUUCUACGAUGCGAAGAAAAGUGGAGCAGGAGGGCUACUUACAAGAUGGAAUAAAAUCAGAGCGAACUUCAUCAAAACUUCAACACAAACCUUGUGCGACUAUGGACCAUUUGCAAACCCAGAAUCAGUUUUACAUACCUGUUCAGAUCCCAGGUUAUCAAUAUGUAUCACCUGAUGGCAAUUGUGUUGAACAUGUUCAGACAUCUGCCUUUAUUCAGCAACCCUUUGUUGAUGAAGAUCCUGAUAAGGAAAAAAAAAUAAAGGAACUUGAGUUGCUUCUUAUGUCAGCUGAGAAUGAAGUUAGAAGAAAAAGGCUUCCAUCUCAACCUGGAAGCUUUUCUAGCUGGUCUGGUAGUUUCCUCAUGGAUGAUAGUAUGUCUAACACAUUGAAUAAUCUUGAGGAACACACUACUGAGUUUUAUAGCAUGGAUGAAAAUCAGACUGUUUCUGCUCAGCAGAAUUCACCCACGAAAUUUCUAGCUGUAGAAGCAAAUGCUGUACUGUCUUCUCUACAGACCAUCCCAGAAUUUGCAGAAACGCUAGAACUUAUAGAAUCUGACCCUGUAGCAUGGAGUGAUGUUACCAGUUUUGAUCUUUCUGAUGCUGCUGCCUCUCCUGUCAAGUCCACUCCAGUUAAGCUAAUGCGGAUUCAACAUAAUGAAGGAGGCAUGGAGUGCCAGUUCAAUGUCAGUCUUGUACUUGAAGGGAAAAAGAACAGUUGUAAUGGUGGAGACAAUGACACUAUUCCUUUGACAUCCCCAAAUGUGGUCAAGUUUAGCACUCCACCAACCAUCCUCAGAAAGAAGAAAAGAAUACGAGUGGGCCAGUCUCUAGGCAAUGAGCUUGGUGAUGGUUCAUUCAGUGAAGGCAGUAACACAGCACUAAAACACACACCAGUGAAAACACUACCAUUUUCUCCCUCACAGUUUUUUAACACAUGUCCUGGAAAUGAACAACUUAAUAUAGAAAACCCUUCGUUUACAUCAACCCCAAUUUGUGGGCAAAAAGUUCUCAUUACAACUCCUCUUCAGAAGGAAGCAACUCCCAAAGAUCAAAAAGAAAAUGUAGGGUUUAGAACACCUACUAUUAGAAGAUCUAUAUUGGGUACCACACCAAGAACUCCUACUCCCUUUAAGAAUGCACUUGCUGCUCAGGAAAAGAAAUAUGGACCUCUUAAAAUUGUGUCCCAGCCACUUGCCUUCUUGGAAGAAGACAUUCGAGAAGUUUUAAAAGAAGAAACUGGAACCGACAUAUUCCUCAAAGAGGAAGAUGAACCUGCUUAUAGAAGCUGCAAACAAGAGCAUUCUGCAUCUGUGAAGAAAGUCAGAAAAUCAUUAGCCUUAGAGAGCUGGGACAAAGAAGAAACAGGUACUCAGCUACUAACUGAAGACAUUUCAGACAUGCAGUCAGAAAAUAUACUUACAACAUCUUUAUUAAUGAUACCAUUAUUGGAAAUACAUGACAAUAGGUGCAACUUGACUCCUGAAAAACAAGAUAUAAAUUCAGCCAACAAAACAUUUACACUUACUAAAAAGAAACCAAACCCUAACCCUUGUAAAGCUGUCAAAUUGGAAAAGAGUCUUCAGUCAAAUUGUGAAUGGGAAACAGUGGUAUAUGGCAAGACAGAAGACCAACUUAUCAUGACUGAACAAGCGAGAAGAUACCUGAGUACUUACACAGCUGCCAGCAGCACUUCAAGAGCUCUGAUACUCUAACUGUUACUAAGCUGAGAAAAUGUCCUACCCUCUUACUGUGUCUUACGCUAAAUUAGGUUGCCAUGAAAUUUGUCUCAAUUCUUUUAAAGGUUUUAAUACAUUCCUAAAAUGGUUCGCAUUUUUUCUAUAUUGGACAAAAAACUAAUAAGCUGCUUAAAGUAAGGGGUAGGAAAAUUCAUUAUUUAUAUAUUUAAGAAAUGAGAGUUUUAAAAUUUGUUUUAAAAGAACAAAAUGGGGAAAUAAGGAUGUCCAUGGGUAUUCCAAAGUAAAUUCUCACAUUAUUUUAUUACAGGAUAUAUGUCGCUACUUUCUCAAGGCUGUAGUCUGUUAUGAAUAAGUAUGUGUGACCUCUGAAAGUCUAUUUAGGAAGCACAGGCCCUUUAUGAAGCACUUCUGUAUGUGUGCUGAUUUACUUAGACUAACAUUUAUAAAGAGACACAGUGGGAAGGAGUCUCAAGGAAGCUAGAAAGUUGCACUACUAAUUUUGGUAUUUUUUAGAAACAAUGAAAUUAACUACAGUGUUAAGCAUAUUUAUUUGUUCAUUGAACUAAAAAAACAUUGAAAUGGGCUUUUUCUUACUAGUAAAGAGUCAGUAUUUCUUCAUAAGUCUCAGAAGAGCUGAGAAUUUUGUUGAAUGUAUUGUACAGUAUGUAGGAGCAGGAAAACUUUGUAAAUUGGAAAGAUGUCUG